AAAGACAUGUGUGGGGUCAAACAUCUCGCCUGGCUUGUGCCGUGACAUCAAGAACAGCACCUCUCUUUUAACUGUGAAGGACCUGAUGAUUUUCUGUGACCGAUUCUGGAGCAGGAGGAGAGCUGGAGGUUCCUCCUGCAACCUCUGACCUCCACAUCUGUCUCUUUCUCUUUCACAGUCGCACUGAUUUAAUCUCAUCGUUCUCCGCUCUGCUAUCCUCUGACCUCUGCUGGACCACUCCCCUCCUUCCUUCCUCGAUGCUCACCAACCAUCUCUGCACUCCGCCCCUUUGACCUUUGUCACACUUCUUUAAUAUCCCUUAUCCGCUGCUUUUUUUCUCCAUCCUCCAUAAAUCAACUGCAGCCACAUCAUCGCCUCACUUAAUUUAACCAUGGCUUAUUACACCUCACUCCUCCUUCAAUCCUCGUUGUGAUUGGUCCUGUCUGGCUCUUAUAACCACAAUUGAACCAGGGAGUCGAAACACGUUGAUUUUUGGUCGUGUCAAAUAUCAAGAAGCAGCCAUGUUGGAGAAUAUGUCCAAACGAAACCGCUCCCUGCUGUCACUCUUCCUCACCUCUCUGGCCCUCACCCUCUCCGUCUCGGCUUUCUGCACCUCCUACUGGUGCGUGGGGACGCAUAAGGUGGUGAAGCCGCUCUGCUUGUCGCCCGUCAAGAUGAAGAACUGCGGGCAGAACAACAGCCAGCCAUAUACAACAGGUGAGGGUGAAAAAAGGGAAGGUAUGGGUGCCCUCUGGUGGACAGGUGCUGAAUUACAUUCAUUAAUCACUUAAGCUGCGAUCGAGUUACCUCAGAAGUCGGAUGUCGGAGCUGGGAGUGAUGCUACACCCGAGUUACCAGCGUUUCAAUUUCCAAGUCAGAAAAAAGCAAAAUCGGAGGUGGAAACAAGACGGGUACAUCUACGAAAGUUAUUUUAGCGCUUGCCUUAAAUUCGGACUAGACACGCGCUUAAAUAACUGAAACAUGUUCAAAUAUAUUAGUUUUUCUCGGUAAUAAAACUUAUAUCAGGGUUUUAUGCUUGAGGGAAUAUUUAAGUUCAACACCCCACACUUUUGAAAUGUUGUGGAGUAAUUUGAGUCCGUCAAGUUGUUGUAUUUCGCUAGCUUAGACAGUAUUACUCACCGUGAUUUAUGCUGCGUUCGACUUACCUUGGAAGUCAGAUGUCGGAGCUGAAAAUGACGUCACACCCGAGUUCACCAGCAUUUCAGUUACCAAGUCAGAAAAAAGCAAAAUUGGAGGCAGAAACAAGAUAGCUACAUCUACAAAAGUUAUUUUAGCGCUUGCCUUAAAUUCGGACAAGGCAAGAGCUAAAAUAACUUUCCUAGCCAUCUUGUUUCCGCCUCCGAUUUUGCUUUAUGGACUUGGUAACUGAAACGCUGGUAAAUCGAGUGUGACGUCAUUUUCAGCUUGGGCUUCUGACUUCCGAGGUAACGCCAACGCAGCAUUAGCCUGCUAACGGUUACCCUUAAUUGUUGGAGAUAUAAGUACCUCAGGGAGACAAAUAUCUGUUAUUUUCUGUAUUCAUGAGAUUUUAAUUACAUUUAUCGUCACCAGUCUUGUCACAUGUUAUUGCUGGAGAUAUUAAUGUGGAUUUUAAAUAUCUGAUGAACCACUUUACACAUUUUACACACCUCAUUAUCAACCCAUUUCUGAAAACAUAACCUCUAUUUGUUGGCAAACAAAAGGACCUCAAUGAUCAUUUAUCAUCGUAACUUUCAUUAACGAAAUAAACGCUGCACUGUAGGCACUGUGAACUUUUUCUAUUUGCAGUAAAAUGUGAUAAAUCUGUCCUAAAGUGAAGGAUAUUUCUAAACUGCUCUUUUUAAUCCAAGAGAGAGGAAUUAAACUUCCUUUUUUUUUUUGUUAAAUAAUACUUACAUAAUCAGUUUGAAGUUAUUUAGUUUCACAGAAUGUUUCCAUGAAAUCAGCAGAAAGUUUUUCAUGUUUUCACCAAGAAAAAAUUUAAUAUUUCACUUCUGCAAGGAGAACAUCUGUCGGGGAACAAACAGCAUAUUGAUGAUGUGAGAAUAACAGUUUCCAAAAAUACCUCUCUGUAAAUCCAGUGCUGCGUUUUAUGGCAUCUACAAUAAAUUCAAGUAUUUUAUUCUCAACUUGACAGGAAGAGAUUCACAUAAUCCCGGCUUUGUUGCUAAUCUCAGAACUUUGUAUCUGCAGCUGCAUGUUAUCUGGAUUCUCCGGCCCUGCUGUCUUAUCUUUCUGCUCUAAGCCUAUUUGUUUCUGUGUUGUUUUCAAUUCUCACUGCAUAGCGAACGGCAGAUUACCUACAGAGCUGCGUUUACAGCUGAAUUGUGUUACACACUUUGUCUCAUGGGUCGUUUUUCAGGAUUUAUGUUCAAGUUUGUGGGAGUCUGGCUUUAAACUACAACCUGAAGUGUAAUUUUGGACACAUUUGACCUAUUAUUCUUCCUCUUUUUCGUAUUUAAUAUCCUAUAUCUUUACUCUCUUUAACUUCACUCUUUCUAAUAGUUUCCUCUUUUUAUGCUCCUCCAAAAAGGUACAACCCCUGAGUCGCUCCCCUUGUUCUUUCCCUCUAAUCUCAUGUAACUUGUCAUCUCUGAUCAGUUUUUCCAUACUUUCUUGACUUUUUGUCACUUCUUUCUCCGUUUAGAGGCCCCCACCCCUGACCCGAGGAACCCGCCCUCCAACAUGACGCUCUCGCCGCAGCAGAGGGAGGAGCUGGCGAGGAUAAAGAGGAAGCAGCUGGCCAACGCCGUCCACUACAUCUGGGAGACAGGAGAGGACAAGUACAUGUUGCGUUACUUCCACACCGGCUUCUGGCUGUCCUGUGAGAAGCACAAUGAAGGUUGGUUAUUUCCAACACAUCCCUCCAAAAUCCCACAAUGCUCCAUUGGCUUGUGAAGAUUUUAGCAUCUGAAGGCAAGACUCGUCACACAUAACUUGCAAUUUAUCACUAAUUUGACAUGAUGUAUACAUUCAAUUUGAUGCUGCAGCACUACCUCUUAAACAAAAGAAACGGCUCAUAUAGAUAUUCCUGUAAAGUUAUAGUCUGACCAAAAACCUUUGUCUCAUCUUCCUAAAUUCGGAAAUCUAUCAAACCACCAAACCCACUUGAGCUACCUCCAUUCCUUCAUUUAUUUCCAGAUCACAUGCCUCAGUACACAUCAGUAGUCAGCUAUGGUUAUGAAGGAAAUCGUGUGCAGAGAAAGCUUGGAUGUCAUAAGGACAAAAAGAGACCCUUCUUUUUGUUGGUCAACAGUAACCAAAAACAAAUCCCAUAGUUUCAAAUCGAUCCUUUCAUGCUGGGAUUAACACGGCUCCUUUUUAUUACUUUCUCAGGAUUAUGGGCACAAAUUCUCUGAAACAGAUUUGUUUAUAUCAUCCUGCUGCAAAAUAACACAUCGCACAUGCAAGACAGAUUGUGUAUUGAAGAAAGAAAAAUCUAGUUAUCAGUAAGUCUAGACUUGUCUAAUCUCUCCUUAAUAUGAUUUUCACCAUCAGUGUUUUUCUCUUUGACCAAGAGUAAAGAUCAUUUCUAAUAGAUUAAUAUAAAAGCUGCAUGUGGCUCUUAAAUGGUUCUGGUCUGGGAUGAUGCUGGGGUUGACGUAACAUCUGGAAAAGAAUCAUUUUUUAAGACUGAAACAAAUAAUAAGUGAAACAGGACCCAAUACGGAGCCUUGUGGAACUCCGUUAUGCCCAAUUUUUUGCAUCAUUUUGGAAAAUAAACAAAGGAGGUAAGUUAACAUCUGAAUAAGACUAUGAUUUAAGUGGUUUAAGUAGAUAUACAUUAUGUUGUUUUAUGUGUGUUAGUGUAUACCUAAUGCCAUCCCAGCUCAGUUUGACUGCCUCAGUUGAAAAGGUCUGGCUCCGACCCGGUUCGGUUAAAAUAUUAAAAAUCACAGGAUAUUUAUAAGACCACAAAAGUUGUUUUAGAUUAUCACAUGAUGUGAUUGUCCUUACAGGCAGUGAUCAGGAGGAGAAGUGUCGCAGCUUCAUCGAGCUGACUCCAGGAGAGACACAAGGUUGGUUUUUUACCACACAGAGUUUUCACUCCUCCUUAAAAAACCUCAAAAUUUGGAUUCCAAAUCAAGGUUAUCAUGUCAGUGAGAUCUUUCACCUCUCGCUCUUAGGUGUGCUGUGGCUGUCAGUCAUCAGUGAGUUCAUGUACAUCGGUCUUCUGGCCAUGGGCUUCUUGCUAAUGUGGGUGGAAGCAAUCUGCCUCUGCGCUAAGAGGGAGAUGAACGCUUUGAAAAUCAAUGCCUUCGCCGCCAUGUGCACCGUCCUCUCAGGUGAGCGAAGAGGACGCUCUGACUUCCUGUUACAAAUGUGCCUGUUUCUUUCUUGAACUUUAUUGGUUUUAAGAUGGUUUCACUAGUCCUCUUUCUCACAUUCUGUCUUUCUUCCUUUCUUCCUCUCUAGGUAUGAUGGGGAUGGUUGCGCACAUGAUGUACACCACAGUUUUUCAAAUGACUGUUAGCAUUGGGCCUAAAGACUGGAGGCCACAGAGCUGGGACUAUGGAUGGUCUUUUGCGUAAGUUUGAUACAAUAAAACGAAUAUUUCCUCUCAUAAAAACAACUCAAAGAUAAACCUGCGAUUUAAAAAAGAGUUUUGGAAUUCAACCAAAGAGACGAGCAGGAAGACUAGGAAGCAGAGAACCACAGACGAUGACGAUGCGUUUUGUUAUGUCUGUGUAGUCAACAUUUUAAAAUUUUUGAGCUGCCCGCUCUAUCUGACCGUAAACAAAGCCGUUCUCUGCUUCCCCCAACCUGAUUGGUCGUGAGGCGGGCGCUGCUCCUCAGUGCUGAUUGGUUGCUCCCCUGUAUCGUUCACGAGCCCAAACAAAGUUAGCGUGCUACAAUAUCAGACAGUCGAAACCAACCAGAAAGUACAGAAAAUUGUCUGAAUCCUCCUUUGGCCACGACUGCCGACACAAGCAAGAGGUAGACCACCCGGACAAGAGCUAAAAAGCUGGUUCAACAUCAAUGUAGCUAGCAUAAAAGAUGGGGGACGCUCCGGGAUCUUGGUGACCCUGUAACCUUUCUGCUGGACAGGUAAACCGCUUUAACAAAGUAAGACAAGUGUCUGUAACAGGAGUGUUUCUUGUCAAACAGGACCUGCUGUAGCGUGUUGUAGCGCCAUCGCUAAACUGUUGACCUCGGGUCCUGGACUAUGUCACUUUAUCCUAGUUGUAGAAGUCCUGCAAACAUUGUGUUUGCUGGUAGUCUGUUGGCAUCUACAGUAGCACCAAUGCUUUUUACUUUCACAUUGACUGGGCCCCAUUUGUAAUCAUCUUAAUUGAAACGAUACGAGCGAGCAGGAGUAGCUAGCACUGGCAUGCUCAUCACUGGUUAGCAAGUCGGUACUAGCGCACCUGCUUUUGUAGUUUUCCACUUAGCUCUGAAAAUAGAGACCCCUCACCUGAUCUUUGGUGUGCCACUAGUUAUAUCAGUCUGUGUCAAGUGAUGGAGAUUGAAUGUUUUCUUCCUUGUUCUCUCCAGCAUGGCGUGGCUGUCAUUUAGCUGCUGCAUGGCCGCCGCCGUUGCGACACUCAACUCCUACACCAAGACCCUCAUUGAGAUGAAGCACCGUGCCCGACUGAGGCUGGAAGAGGCCCGUCUUGCUGCCCGGGCGCCCUCUUACGAAGAGGUUGUUCGCAGCAGCGGUGGUGGAGGGGUUUACUCUGUCAGUCAGCUGAUCCAGCUGGGCCAGCAGGGGGUGCUCGUGGACCCUCUUUGGCCCAGAGGAGUGGGACCAGCAGUUGGACCUCUAGCUUGUAGCGCAGGGGCCCUGCUCGUCGGUGGAGGAGGACUUGGAGUUAACGGCGUUGGAGCUGAUGGCGUUGGAAUGGGAAUGGGGGGAAUGAUGGCGAUAGGAGGAGUCGGUGGGAAGGGGGUUGGAGGGAAUGGAGUUGGAAUGGGUGCUGUUGGAGGGAUGGGAAUGGGAGUGGGAGUGGUUGGACCAAUGGGAGGGAUGGGACUUGGCGGUGGAAGGCUGGUGGACCAUCACGGAGUUGUGGUGGUGGAAGGAUGUGGCGCUGAAGGAUGUGAGGACUGUGAACGGGAAAUGGACGAGAUGGAUUACGCUAUGCAGGAAGAGCAAGAGGGGGAGCUCUGCUAA